AUGCUAAUCACUGAUUACUUCUGCAAUAGCCUUCUCAGCCCUGAAUGGGAUCCAAUCGAGUUCGAACCUGUGGGAGAGCGGCUCGAAAUCCUGCGCCAGCCACUCGAAUGCAUUCGAGCCAUAUGUCUGGCCCCCCGUGAGUUCAAUAUUCCAACCAGCUGGACCUUUUUUCUGUCCACAUCUGAGGAAAACAUGACAGCAGUGAGGCUUCAUUGUCAGCCAACCUACGAACACGAAACCACUGUUCUUGAAAAUGGUUCCAAAGCCAACAUUGUCGUGAACCCGGGGUUUACGGUGGGGGAUAUCCACAAUAUCAUCGUUGCGAAUAAUCAGCACAAAUAUGAGAUUGACGAUGAUGGUUGGAAUGGCCGAACCUGGGUUUACGAUCAAAUUAAUCUAUUCAAUCAACAUGGUAUCUUCGCCGACCAGGACGAAGUCGCACUGUGUGACGAAAAGAAGCCAACAUGCUCCAGAUGCACCCAUCAUGCUAUCAAGUGCGACUUCAUCUCGGCGGCAGCUAUAUCGCCAGCUUUAUCCUCUUUAGCACCAUCCCCAUCCAGACCUUCGAAGGCACAAUUUCGAUUCAAGCCUUCUAAAUACCAGGGUGAAACAGACCAGCCAUCUUCACGGACAGUCUCGACCGAAGUCCAACGCAACAACAUCAGUGCCCUACCACAGAGCCAGGAUACCCUCUCAUUCGCCGAUCUACGGCUCUUCCACCACUUUGUCACAGAGACAUACCGCACCCUAACAGACGAAACAACCGACCACAAUCGAGUUUGGCAAACCCACCUUCCACAGUGGGGAUUCUCCUCGCCAUCCAUCUUCCACCUUAUAUUAGCACUAGCAGCCUUGCAUCUGGGCCAUCUCCACCCCGAGAAACGAGACCAGUAUGUGAUACAGGCAGAUGACCACUUUACGUUUGGCAUUCGAUCUGUGUCAGCCAUUCUAUCGAAUCUUGAUUCGGAGAACUGUCAAUCGAUCUACAUGUCGACAGUGCUGAUAUGUUUUGUUUAUUUCGCACACGGUCCAAAACCUGGUGAAUACCUUGUUUUCAGUGAGACAGGGAAGGCUGAAUGGCUGGUUCUUAUGAGAGGGGUGAGAUCGAUUUUGAUGUCUAGCCAUGACAAAAUCUUUACCGGAGUCUUACAGAGUUACGCUGAUCCUGCUAUUCGGGGCGUCAGCCCCUUGUUACAAGAUGAGCUCCGGAAAAAUCAGUCUCGUAUUAAAGAGGUUCAACAUUUUAUCGAAGCGCAAGCUAGAGGGAGUUCCACGUGUCAGAUCUACGCUGGUGCAUUUGAAAACUUGCUCGAAAUGUUUGAGAAAGCGUACCAGUAUCGAAGCGCUGGGAAGGACGAUGUUAGCUUGAUGCCCUUUGUCAUUGGAUGGAUAUAUAGGCGGCCUGAGGAGUUCAUCGGUCUUCUUGAGGAAAAGGAGCCACUUUCAUUGAUUAUCCUCGCUUAUUGGUGUAUUCUUUUGAAGUUCAUGCGAUCCUCAUGGCUUAUGAUCGCUUGGGAUCGGCAUGUCAUCUCAGGAAUUCGGGAGUCUCUAGGAGUCGGAUUCCACCAAUGGAUUGAGUGGCCUGUGGGUGUUAUUUGCGAUCGAUAUACGGAGCAGAUAUGUGGAGGAACUAGAUAA